UUAUUUAAGAGCAUUUAUUUCUUGGUUUCUCCAGCACACAUGGAACCCAUAUGCAUAAAAUAUGCACAAUGUAUGUGAAGAAUUUAUCGACUAUGAAGUUCCUUUUUAUGGCUUGUAUAUUUAGUUUGAUUUUGCUUUUGGAAUAGUGUGGACUAUUCGCACAGUUGUUCAGAGUUUUUUAUGUAUUCGAGGUUUGUUUUAUGCAUAACUGAAACUACUCGUAUCUACAUAAAUACUUAAAAUAUACGAGUGUAUAUAUUGCCAAUUUGUUUACAUUUGAAUUGCUCUGAAUUUGUUAAUAUUUGAUGAACUAUGCAUUUGCGACGGUGGAAUAUUAAAAAGCUUUCAAUAGCCGGAAUUGCCUGUCUAGUCGUUUACUUUAUCUUCUCGAGUCACUUCCAUAAGUACAACAUUGAUGCUGUUAUCAGCGAUACGCAUCCGGAAGAAGUGUGGGAGUACGUAGCAGAUUUCAGUAAAAUGCGUUUGCUAAACCCAACAAUCUUAAACUUCCAUGUCGUAUCUGAUAGUGGCCAUGCACAUGAUUGGCGUUAUACUGUGAUAUAUACGGAGCGUCUUUCGCAUUGGCCUUACUGGUUGAAUACCGGUAAAGGUGAUUACAUAGUGAAGAAGUCCAUGCCUGGUGUGGUACCACAACUUUUUACAAUAGACUCAGAACAUGAGACUUGUUUCUUUGGAGGCUUUUACUGUUUGCGUUCUAUUAGCGAAUUUAAGUUCAGUAGCCUGGGCAAGGAUACGUAUUGCAUCGAUAAUAUACAGUACCAGUGUCCUCCAUUCCUAAGUGUGCCGUGCAGACGUGAACUCGAAUAUCAACGGAAAGCGAUCAUACACAAUCUCACAGCGAUUUUCAACAAAAAACAACAAAAGAUUUAGACGAUUUAGAUGAUUCUGCUUUCAUUUAUUCAUUAGAAUUAAAUUCAAAUUCAAAUUUAUACAUUUUAAGAAAUGUUAAAUAUAUUAUUUGGCAAAUAAAAAUUUUAAAAUUAUAAUUCAAUUAAAUACAUUAGAUAUUCAAAACGUACUCAU